AUCAGAUUCCCUAGGCGGAGUCUGUCAUGCCUACUGCAGUACAAUCGUUUUUCACACAAUAAAAUAUCCAGCUACUUAGUCGCGUAGGGUCUCUGUUAAAUGAAUGUGUAAUUGUUGUUACAAUGUAUCGUCUCUGUAUGGAUAUUUUGUUUACAUUGACAGAGUAAUAGUCAGGCGGCACAGGGGUCGAUCGUAUGCAGUAUUCGCAUAAUGCUUCCAAUGCCUAGUGUCGAUGGGGACAUUUUUGACUGUGUUCAACGAGGGAACGUUGAACAUUGUGCACAUAUCAUUCAACAUGAUCGAUCUCUCCUCAAAGAGAAAGGUUGGGGUGGUUUUAGUCCUCUCCACUUUGCGUCCCUCCAUGGUAACCGUGCCAUGGUUGACAUGUUGCUAAGCAACGGAGCUGACCCCAACCUGACCUGUGAUGCAGGAAUGACAGCCUUCCAUUUCGCCUGCAGGCAUGGUAAUGUAUAUGUGAUGCACCAGAUGAUGCAGCAUGGAGCUGACCUGCGCAUGGUAGACCAUCAGGGCAAAACCGCCCUACACCAUGGAGUAUGUGGAGGGAACAUUGUAGCGAUGCAGUACCUGUGGGAGACAGGACUGUUUAGGUGGUGUGAUGGAGACAUGUACCAUGUUACACCUCUACACCUGGCUGCUGAUACUGGCAACACUGAGGUGGUCCGUUACCUGCUCCGAGGAAAGAGGUGUAUGGUGGAGACUGUGGAUGAGGAUGGGUUGACAGCAGUCCAUGUGGCAGCUGAGAGGGGCUGUGUAGAGGUGUGUUGGACGCUGUUACAGAGAUCCGGCUUCAGGAUGCUGCACUUGAAGACCUAUAGCGGACACACGCCUCUGGAUCUCUGCAGGCAGGGAAAGACAUUCAGACACUUGCAGCUGACCAAACUACUGACCCGCUACAUGAGGGAGCCACCAUUUAACAAACCUGAUGAGUCCCACCUCCUUUACUACUGGACGUUAUUCUUCCCAUGUCUGAUUGGAGGAGCUAUUCUGAUUAUCGCAACAAUGUUGGGGGGCUACGGAGGGAUAACGUGCGCCGUCCUCUUCCCCUGGCUGGCCAGGAGUAUAUUUUCCCAGUUCCACCGCAUGACGACCUACCAGAGGUUGGCCAACCCCGUCUACCUAGGGACUGUGAUAGCUGGAUUGUUCCACUCUCUAGUCUGCUUCUACUAUAGAAUACUACCGCCUAGCUUGUGGGGUGAUGGUGUUCUGGGUCAUGUGUCGCUGGUCCAGUUCUCUGUGGUUCUGGUCUUGUUCUGGAUGGUUCUAACCCAGGAUCCUGGAGAGUUGGGACCGGGAGAUGCAGAUCCUCGCUUCUCCUCCAUAACAGACCUGCUGGAGAACAACCAGAAUCCGCAGAGGUUCUGCAUCUACUGUGAGUUGUUCCAGCCAGACCAUACUAAACACUGUAAAUUGUGUGAUGUGUGUGUGAGGGAUUACGACCACCACUGCCUGUUCCUGAACCGCUGUGUUGGCGGUGGCAACCACCGCCUCUUCAUCAUCUUUAUCCUCUCCAUGGCCACAGCACACCUCCUUUUCAUUGCCGUGGCAACUUACCACCUGUAUGUGGUCGUGGUAUCCCUCGAGGACCAGUCAUUGGUUAGGGCAGUAGCUGCACAGUUCUGGGUGGUCUCCCUGACGAUAAUGAACUUUCUGACAAUCCUUUGGGAGGUGUGGUUGUUGACGGAACAGUUUGACGCCAUCGCCAUUGGGACUACCACCUACUUCAAACCUACCUGCGAGACUCGGCCACGGUCGCUAGGACAACGCUGGACAGCGGUGCUUACCUUUCUAUUGGAGGGGAGGAGACGGUUAGAUUAUGGACUCACGGGGGACAAGAUCUCCAUAGACAUUUAGAUAAUAUGGACUCUAAAACCUAUGGUGAAAUGAAGAACAAUGUAUAUUUUGUCAGUUUUCCAUUCUUAAAACCAGCUGGAUCUUCUAGCCUGUUGAGCUAAAGCCUAGGCAUUACCUCGGGAAGCAAAUACCGCUAUUAAACAUAUAACAAGUGGUGUGUAGACCAGAAUGAGUUCUAAGAGAUCUUAACAUUAGAGAUAACAUGUUACUUAGAUUGUCUUUUGAGAGUGCGGUCGUAAACAUGUCUGUUAAACAUUAUUCUGGAACAUACACUGCCGUUCAAAAGUUUGGGGUCACUUAGAAAUGUCCUUGUUUUUGAAAGAAAAGCACAUUUUUUUUGUCCAUUUAAAUAACAUCAA